UCAUCCAUGUUCCUGGGACACGUGGCCCAAUCUUCAAAGAACUAAAUGUAUACCAAGGAUGACAGAGUUCCUUUCCUAUGAAUCCCCACUGGGUACAAGUUUGGCAGCUAUUGCCAUUCUCUCAUCUAUGGGUCCUCUUCUUAUUUUGGGAGUAUUUAAAUCUUACAAACAAACCCCAAUAGUCCGAGCCAACAACUACUCCCUUAGCUGCCUUCUCCUGCUUUCCCUGUUCCUCUGUUUCCUUUGCUCUUUAGGGUUCAUUGGUUACCCACAACCUGAAAAGUGCCUUCUGCGCCAGGUGGCAUUUGGGAUGGUUUUUGCCCUCUGCAUCUCCUGUGUUCUGUCCAAAACCAUCAUUGUUGUUAUUGCCUUUAAUGCAACCAAACCCGGCAGCAGGUUAAGGAAGUGGACAGGGGUGAAGGUGCCUUAUUUUCUCAUUUUGUGUUGUGUUUUAAUUCAGCUUUGUAUUUGUUUGAUUUGGUUGAUCUUCUUCCCUCCCUUCCAUGAACUUGACACAGACACCAAACCUGGACUCAUCAUAGUAAAUUGUAAUGAAGGAUCGCCAACUGCUUUCUGGUGCAUGCUGGGAUACCUUGGCCUGCUGGUCACAAUCAGUUUUAUUGUUGCCUUCCUGGCCAGACGCCUCCCUGACAGUUUCAAUGAAGCCAAAUUGAUCACAUUCAGUAUGUUGGCUUUCCUCAGUGUGUGGGUGUCCUUUAUCCCAGCCUAUCUCAGUGCCCAGGGCAUGUAUACUGUGGCAAUGGAGGUCUUUGCCAUUCUGUCUUCCAGUUGGGCUCUGGUGGUCUGUAUCUUUAUCCCAAAAUGCUUCAUAAUAUUGCUCAGACCUAAUGUGAACUCCAGAGAAAAUAUUAUGGGGAAAAGAAGAGGCUGCAAAUUAAGAACUCCAGAGUUGGCAAAAAAUAGGGAUUUUUAUUCUCCAAACAAUUUUUCAUGA